UCGCGCACGGUAGAAUCGUAUCGCAGCCAGCUAUCAUCGGAUUUGACAGUUCAACGACGGUUUGUCAAACCCUAGCAUUUUGUUUGUUUGUUUUCAUUAAAAUUUUAUCAAAUAAACCUCCGUGUUUUAGGGAAGCUCUCAUUCAAAACGGCAAAAUGAAACCAUUGAACUCCAAAAAGCCGACGUCCAAUCUCGAUCGCGAAAGAAUCGUGCGUGCGUACGAAAAAGGGUACAACAUGAAGGAGAUUGCCGGGAUGCUACAGAUGAAGCACAGAACCGUGCAUGGAAUUGUGAAACGAUUUCGCGAAACCGGGCGGACAGCGGCAACGGUGCGUAACGCAUCGUACGUGAAGAUAAUAGACACGCAUCACGUGCAGAGGAUCAAGGAGUGGCUAGAGGAAGAUCACACGACCACGCUCAAACAGAUUGUGGACAAGCUGAAAGAGGAAUACGGUAUCAAUGUAUCGACAUCGACGGUAGCUAGAGCGACCAAAAGUAUACAGCACACUUUAAAAACUCCUCGCAAUCUUAGGCUGUUGGCACGCAAAUCUCUAUUACUCGAAUCACCUAAUUUAUCUCAAGACCUCGUGCCACCUGUUGACCCAUUCGCGGACAUAACUCCAUCAGCUGGCCUGUCUCCACUGGUCACGCCGCCACCAGGAACGUCUCGUACGGUAACACCACCACCGGAACCUUCCCGUGCGGAAACUCCUUUAACACCGGAAACUUCCCGCGCGGAAGAAACGUCACCACCGGGACCAGCACGAACGGUUUCGAGCCAUCGGCGUACGAUUGCCUUAAGCCGGCGCCGAGCUGAAAUCAACCGAACCCAUAGUAACCGCAUAUUAAACACUUUGGAAACAGUUUCUGCCGCAACAUGCCGUUUGGUGGAAGAAUGUCGACACCGGACGGACGAAGCGGUUUUUGGAGCGUGGGUUGGUAACCUGCUUGCGGAAUGGUCACCUCCGAGGCAGUACACGAUGAAGGUAGCCAUCCGGAAAAUGAUGCUCGAGGCCGAUAUCGCACGUUACCGAGAGCGAACAGGGGUGGAUGUGAAUUUCGUAGUUAAAACUGAAAUUGAAUUCGAGUAGCAGAGUGACGGUUAAAAGAUUGUCUUAAAAUAGUUAUUUACUAUACAUUAAUAAAUUAAAAUAUAACUAUAAAACAGUCCUGUUGUAAACA